CAAAGGAGCACUACACAGUCUUAAUCUUUGACCUUCUCGCAAUACUGCUAUGGAUAAAGUAUUCAUUGUUUAAAUACUUUUAAACAUUAUCAUUUACGAUUAACGCAGACCAGUAGUGAGGCAACAAUGAAUAACGACAAUAACCUAUUACUUUCUCUUACCAAUGGAAUACGCAUUAUAAAAUUUAAUCGACCUUCAAAAAGAAAUGCCCUCAAUUCGGAGCUGUAUGUACAAAUAACAAGAAUUCUCACUGAAGAUUCAAAGAAUGACAAUGUAGUCGGUACUAUUUUCACUGGAAUUGGCGACUACUACACUAGUGGUAAUGACUUUAGAAUGGAAAUUACUUCAGUUGAAAGAGAGUGUGAUAAAGUGCAAGCCUUUAUUAGUGCCCUUAUCGACUAUCCAAAACUGUUAAUUGCCAUUGUUAACGGUCCCGCAAUUGGAGUUGGCGUUACAACGCUUGCCUUUUUUGAUAUUGUCUAUGCCAGUGAUAGGGCAACCUUUCAAACACCAUUUGUCAAAGUGGGGCUUUGUGCUGAAGGGUGUUCCAGUUAUCUGUUUCCUCGUAUAAUGGGUAAAACCAGGGCAUGCGAAAUGUUACUUUUAGGAAAACGAUUUUCUGCAAAGCAAGCUUGUGAAGCUGGAUUGGUGUCGGAAGUCAUUCCACAUGGAGAGUUGGAGAAUUUUUUGAAACAAAUAUUGCAGUAUGGUUCUCUUCCACUGAAAUCUUUGUUGAAAUCCAAAAAAUUAAUCAACGACAAUGUGAGACAGAAGUUACAUGAAGUGAACAAGCGAGAAAUGGCUAUGGUGGGUGAAUGUAUAGGCAGCGAAGAGUUUCUUAAUUUUGCUAUUGGAUUUUUGUCUAAAAAAAAUAAAUUGUAAAUAUUUAGGGUUACAACGACUUACUUAAAUGAUUUAAUAAAAACAAAAAUCAAUGACAA